UUAUGAUUAUUUUAAUACUUAUUUAUUUCCCCCCCCCAUUUUUUUUUUAAACUUAGCAGUGCUGUUUUAUGGUGGUGCAUGGGUUUAAACCUAGGACUGUGGAGCCUCAGGCAUGGGAGUCUGUUUGCAUAACCAUUGUGUUAUCUAACCCUGCCCUAUUCAUUCUGUUUUGCUGCCCUUGUUGUUGUAGUAGUUGUUGUUGUUAUUGAUGUUGUUGUUGUUGGAUAGGACAGAGAAAUUAGAGAAGAGGGUAAGACGGGAGAGAGACAGAAACCUGCAGACCUGCUUCACCACCUGUGAAGUGACUCCCAGCAGUUGGGGAGCCAACUGCUCAAACCAGGAUUCUUUGCGUUUUGCACCACGUGUGCUUAACCCGCUGUGUUAACCGCCCAACUCCUGUUCUAGUAGAUUUUUGUGAAUGCUUUUGUUGAAGAAAAAUUAUAAGGUUAAAAGAGAUGUCAGUAGAAUUUGUGGGCUUUGUCAUGAUCCUAAUAGGCACAAUAACUCACUAAAUAUUUCCAUAACCUCUUCUGUUUCCAUUGCACAGCUAGGGUAUUGUACCUUGUAUUCACUACAGUAUCUUCCAUCUAGGGCCCAUACUGUCCAGUGAAGAGGCUGUGCUGCUAGAUUUAAACAGAGUCUCAAGCUAUUGCUGUGAUUGAUCUUCCCUUUUCUGGCCUGAAAGAUAUUCAGGGAAGCAGAAGAGAUGGCAGUUUCUUGGGGCUCAGUGACCUAUGAAGAUGUAACUGUGAUAUUCACUCAAGAGGAGUGGGCACUAUUAAAUCCUUCAGAGAAGAAACUCUACAGAGAUGUGAUGCGUGAAAACUUGAGCAACUUUUGUUCAAUAGAAAAGAUACAAGAACAUUCCACCAAAGCGCAGCAUAAUUUGCAUGGGUGUAAACAAAGUAAUACAACAGUAAAAAUCUCUGAGGACAAAGAUAGUCAGAGUGCUAGAAUAUCUCAAGAAUGUAAAGUAUACAACAAAUUAUUCACUUAUCCUAUUCAUCUUCAAAAACAUGAAAGAAUUCACAGUGGAGAGAAACCCUAUGAAUAUAAACAACGUAAUAGAACAAUCAGGAGAUCCAGUCAUCUUAGGGAACAUGAAAAAACUCACAGUGGAGAGAAACCCUAUGAAUGUAAACAAUGUAGUAAAACAUUCAGGCGAUCCAAUCAUCUUCGAACACAUGAAAGAAUUCACAGUGGAGAGAAACCCUAUGAAUGUAAACAAUGUAGUAAAACAUUCAGUUCUUCCAGUCAUCUUCAGAGACAUGAAGGAAUUCACAGUGGAGAGAAACCCAAUGAGUGUAAACAAUGUAGUAAAACAUCCCGGCAAUUUGGUGGUCUUCAGAAACAUGAAAGAAUUCACAAUGGAGUGAAGCCCUAUGAAUGCAAACAGUGUAGUAAAACAUUCAGUUGUUCCAGUAGUCUUCGUACACAUGAAAGAAUUCACAGUGUAGAGAAACCCUAUGAAUGUAAACUGUGUAGUAAAAUAUUCAGUUCUUCCAGUCAUCUUCAGAGACAUGAAAGAAUUCACAGUGGAGAGAAACCCUAUAAGUGUAAACAAUGUAGUAAAACAUUCAGUCGUUCCAGUUGUCUUCAGACACAUGAAAGAAUUCACAGUGGCGAGAAACCCUAUGAAUGUAAACAGUGUAGUAAAACAUUCAAUUGUUCCAGUCAUCUUCGGUCACAUGAAAGAAUUCAUAGUGGAGAGAAACCUUAUGAAUGUAAACUAUGUAAUAAAACAUUCACAUUUUCCAGUAGUCUUCGGAAACAUGAAAGAAUUCACAGUGGAGAGAAACCCUAUGAAUGUAAACUAUGUAGUAAAACAUUCACUUGUUCCAGUAGUCUUCGGAAACAUGAAAGAAUUCACAUUAGAGAGAAACUCUAUGAAUGUAAACAAUGUAAUAAAACAUUCAGUUGUUCCAGUUAUCUUCGGACACAUGAAAGAAUUCACAGUGGAGAAAAACGCUAUGAAUGUAAACUAUGUAGUAAAACAUUCAGUUCUUCCAGUUAUCUUCGGACACAUGAAAGAAUUCACAGUGGAGAGAAACCCUAUGAAUGUAAACUAUGUAGUAAAACAUUCCGUUGUUCUAGUAAUCUUCAGACACAUGAAAGAAUUCACAGUAGAGAGAAAUCCUUUGAAUGUAAACAAUGAAGUAAAGCAUUCAUGGUUUCUUGAUUUCUUCAGUUACAUGAAAGAACUCACAGUGGAGAGAAAUAAACCUCAUGAAUGUAACCAUGUAGCCUAACAUUCAUUUAAGCCAGUUUUUGUAAGAGAUUUGAAAGAUCUCACAGUGGAAAGAAACCCAGUGACUAUAAAUAGCAAAACAUUGAUUCAAGCCUGUCAUCUUUGUUAACAUGAAAUAACUCACAAUGGAGAGAAAUGUGAUGAAUAUAAUCAGUGUUGAAAACAUUUCAUUAUUCCAGUCCUCUUUGUAGACAUGAAAGAAUUCACAGUGAAGCAAAACCUUAUGAAUGUAAUAAAGCAUUAGAUGUUCCACUAAAUUCUAAUACGUGAAAAUAUUCACAAUAGAAAUUAAUCUUUUGAACAUAAACUGGACUAAGAUUAGGAAAAGAGAUGCAAGCCAGUCAAUGAAUCUGCUUACCUGAUUGCGUUUCUGCAGAAAUUUUUUAUAAUUGGCAAUAGUAAUGCCAUGUUACGAGCCUUAAUGACGUUAGGGUCUUUAAGGUCCCUACUACUACUACUAGCGUUUGCCAUUUAAGGUCCCUGAAAGUGACUAUAUAAAAUUUUAAUAAAAGGAAAAAAAAAAAAAAAUGCAACCAGAGACUAGUGGUUCAAUAUAAUAGUUUUCAGAUGUGAGCUUCUACACUCUCCAUUUCGUCCUCUCCAUUUCUCUCUAUCCUAUCCAACAACAACAUCAAUAACAACUACUACAAUAAUAAAAAAUAGAAAAAAGAAUAAAUAAUAAAAACAAUUCUUGGGACUCAGCCAGUAGUACAGCAGGUUAAGCACACAAGGCAUCAAGCCCAAGAAGUGGCGUAAGGAUCCUGGUUGAAGCCCUGAGCUCACGACCUGAAGGGGAGUUGCUUCACAGGUGUUGAAGAAGGUCUGCUGGUGUCUAUCACUUCCUGUCUCAUCUUACUCUUUCCAUUUGUGUCCUAACAAUGACAACAUCAAUAAGAACAGUAAUAGUAACUACAAGAACAAUAAAAUUUUGUUUUUUAAUAUUUAUUUCCGUUUGUUGUGGUUAUUAUUGUCUUUGGAUAGGACAGAGAGAAACAGGAGAGGAAGACGGGGAAAGACACCUGCAGACCUUCAUCGCCUGUGAAGCAUCUUAAAUCCUGAUCCACAUGUGCUUAACCAGCUGCACUACUGCCUGACCCCAAAUCAAAAUUUUUUUUAAAAGAUAAACAAUUCUUGUUAGUGAAGAUAUUGUAGAAUGACUUUACAGACAUAGUAAGUAACUGGUACUUGAGAGCCCAGUGAAUGUAAAACAGUGGAAUAAGAAUGGAUGCUACAAUAUGUGAAUCUUAAAACUUUUUUACAUAUUUAUUUUCCCUUUUUUGUGCCCUUGUUUUUUUAUUGUUGUAAUCAUUAUUAGUGUUGUUAUUGAUGUUGUCGUUAGGACAGAGAGAAAUGGAGAGAGGAGGGGGUCAGCCAUUAGCACAGCGGGUUCAGCGCAUGUGGCGGGAAGUGCAAGGACCACAAGGAUCAAGGUUCCAGCCCCUGGCUCCACACCUGCAGGGGGUCGCUUCACAGGUAGUGAAGCAGCUCUGCAGGUGUCCGUCUUUCUUUCCUUCUCUCCAUUUCUCUCUGUCUUAUCCAGCAAUGAGAGCAAUGGCAACAACAGCAGUAAUGUCAAGAACAACAAAAAACAAAUGGAAAAAUUGAAAAAAGGAGUGAUGAAUGGAACACACGAGGUGGGACUUUAAUUAGCUGUCCUCUGUCACUGCUGAUCCAGGGACUCAAAGGGGCCAGGUAGGAGGGUUGGAAAGCAGUGAGGACUCCGCGUGGCUGAGGCGUGCUGACACCAACCUGGGACUCUGGAGCCAUAGAAACAAGAAUCUGAAGAACCAUUAUGCUACUUACCCUCUGCAUACAGCAGUUUUGUAAUUCAACACUCCCUUGAUUAAAGGAUUUUUUGUUUUGUCAUUCAUUCAUUUAUUUACUCAUGUAUUUUUUUUUAUUAGUGAUUUAAUAAUGAUUAACAAGAUCAUUGAUUCCUAUCACCGGAGCUCCAUGUCCACCAGAGUGCCCUCCACUGGAAGCUUCCAUAUUCUUUAUCCAUUUUAAUAUUUAUUUUUCGUUGCCCUUGUUUUAUUAUUGUUGUCAUCAUUGUUGGACAGGACAGAGAGAAAUGGAGAGGGGGAAAGAUAGACACUUCCAGCCCUGCUUCACUGUUGUGAAGCAACGUCCCUAUAGGUGAGGAGACAGGGGCUUGAACCAAGAUCCUUAAGCCAGUCUUUGCGCCACCAGUAGGGUGUAUUUUUAUUGCCACCAAAGUUAUGGCUGGAGCUUAGUUCCAGGACUGUGAAUCCACAGUUCCUGCUGGCCAUUUUUCCUUGUUUUUUUUUUUUUCUUUUCAUUUGAUAGGACAGAGAGAAAUUGAGAGGGGAGAAGGAGAGAGGAAGACCAGGUGGUGGCAUGCCUAAGUAUACACAUUAUAGUGUACAAGGAUCUAGGUUCAAGCCCCUGCAGAGGAAAGCUUCAUUAAGGGUAAAGCAGGGCUGCAGCUGUCUGUGUCUCUCUUCCUCUUUAUCUCCUCUACCUUCAGUUUCUCCCUGUCUGUGUCCACUAAUAAAGAUAAAGUAUUUUUAAGAAAUGAGGAGAGACGGAAUUGGGUGAUAGUGCAGCAGGAUCAGUGCAGGUGGUGCAAAAUGCAAGGAAAGCAUUAGGAUCCCAGUUCGAGCCCUUGGCUCCUCACCUGCUACUUCACCUGUAGUGAAACAUAUCUGCAAGUGUUUUUUUUUUCAAUUUUCUUUUUAUUAUUUAUUCAUUCCCUUUUGUUGCUCUUGUUUUACUGUUGUAAUUAUUAUUUUUGUUACUGAUGUCAUCAUCGUUGGAUAGGACAGAGAAAUGGAGAGAGGAGGGAAAGAUGGGGAGAGACACCUGCAAACCUGCUUCACCAUUUGUAAAGCGACUUCCUUGCAGGUGGGGAGCCAGGGCUUGAACCAGGAUCUUUAAGCCGGUUCUUGUGCUUUCUGUCACCUGCACUUACCGCUAUGCUACCUCCCAACUCCCAGGUGUCUUUUUCUCCUUUCUUCCCCAUCUCCAUUUCUCUCUGUCCUAACAACAAUGACAUCAGUAACAAUAAUAAUACCUAUAACAAAAAUGGAAAACAAGGACAACAAAAGGAAAAAUAAAUAUUAAACAACAAAUUUUUAAAAUAUAGACAAAAAUCUUCAGCCUUGGUUCAUCACUCAAGUUUUCCUUCCUGCAGUUAGGGAGCAGGGUCUUGAACCUGGUUCAUUUUGCAUGGUAGCAUGUGCACUGCACUAAAGCCCCACCACCCAGCCCCUAAUGAAAAAAAUGUUUAAUACAGGGUAAGGUUUUGCAUAAUCUAAACUAGACAAAAAACGAAUAAAAAGAAAUGGAAUGUUGGGCUGUAAGUGCAGUGGGUUAAGUGCAGGUGGCACAAAGCCCAAGGACCUGCGUAAGGAUAAUGGUUGGAGCCCCCAGCUCCCCACCUGCAGGGGGGUUUCUUCAAAAGCAGUUAAGCAGGUCUGUGGUGUCUUUCCUCCUGUCUACCCUUCCUCUCCAUCUCUGUCCUAUCCAACAUCGAUGACAUCAAUAACUACAAUAAAAAAGGCCAACAAAAAGAGGAUAAAUGUUUAAAAAAUUAAAAAGGAAUGUAGCCAGGUCUGGAGUUGGGUCGCUGAGUGAAAUGUCUGCCUUGCUCCGUGUGCAGCCAGCUUCCGGCCAGCCCUGGCCCUGUCAUGAGGCCCAACAAUUGAAGAGCCCCUGUUUCUUUGGUUCUUGGGACAAUCAGCAAAGAACUGAAGAGUGAAACACAGGAGUUUGAAGCAAAGAAGGUUUCAUACAGUAUUAGCAAGCAGACACACUCUGGGGGGUUUCUGUAGAGUGACUCUCGAGUUACAAAGUAUUUUAUGGUUUUUAAUCUAUAUAUUGGGAAACAGUCUGCAUUUCUGAGGUGGAAAUGAUGUACCUGAUUGACAAGCUGGGUGACACCCUGUAUGUGCUCAGUGCCUGUAAUUACAAUGCUUACAGAAAAGCUCUAGGGGGUGAUGUGGAGCAAUAACCCAGUGGUUAUUUCUACAUUCCUUCAAAAAAUUUUAUUAUCUUUAUAUUAUCUUUAUUGGCUAGUGAUAGCCAGAGAUCAAGAGGGAAGGGGGAGGCAGAGAGGGAGAGAGACACCUGCAGCCCUACUUCACCACUCCUGAAGCUUUCCCCCUGCACAUGGGGACCAGCAGCUUGAGCCCAGAUCUUUGUGCACUGUAAUGUGCAAACACAGUUCCCACUACCAGAGUUCUCCAUUGGAAGCUUCCCGAUUCUUUAUCCUUCUGAGAGUAUGGACCAAAGAUCUUUCUGGAAUGCAGAAGGUAAAAGGUCUCGCUCCUGUAAUUGCUUCUCCACUGGACAUGGGUGUUGGUAGGUGGAUCCACACCCCCAGCCUGUUUCUCUUCUUAUCUCCUCCUCUCACAAUUUAUUUAUAUACUUUCCCACAUUUGAGAGCUUCUCUCUGCUCUAAUCCAACUUUCUAGUCAUAUUCUCUUGACACCAUGUUCCCAGACUAUAUUUUUAGUCCACCUGCAUGUUAGCUGUCUGGCUCAGGUAAAAAUUACUAAAGUUGAGAGCAGGGCAGCAGACAUGGCGGGCAGGGCCACAGCCUAUCCUGGCCGCCACCCCAGGACACCCCGGUCCGCGCCUUCUGCACAGCUGGCCCGCCCGCCCUCCUUCUAUGAAGUCUGGGCACAUCCCGCACCACCUGGAGACCGUGGACUCCCUGCUGGGACUGGGCCCCCCUGGCAGAGAUCCCCAACUCGGCUCUGAAGUCAGAAAAGCUAGAAUACACAGAGAUCCCUGCAGAGAUCGCAACCUACAAUUUCUGGAGCUGAAGUUGCACAAGAAGCCACCGCUGGACAAUGCACUCCCCGAACGGCUAAGACAGUACAGAUCUAAAUUCGUGUUUAAAAUGACAUGUCUUCGUAACAAAGGUUUCUCUCCUUGUGUAUUAAAGACCAUGUUAAAAAAAAAAA